AUGUUGCUGAAGGUUGCGGUGAAGGUUGCGUCACCGCAUAACGGAAAGCACAGUGCAUGUUUCUGCUCUGCAGUUACGCUGUGUUCUGCACUCAUUUUGUUUCAAAUUCUGGAAAACACACCGAGCAACGCAGCAUCCGUCAGAUUGGUUGAUGGAGCCAACACCUGUUCUGGCAGACUGGAGGUUCUUCAUAAUGAUGAAUGGAGGCCCGUGUGUGACGCUUUCUGGGAUUUACUAGAUGCCAGGGUGGUUUGUGAAGAACUGGGCUGUGGAAGCGUUAGAGAGACCAAUAUGGAAAAUCUUGAGCCCAAACAAGCAGCGUGGCUGUCUGUGAUCGGAUGUACUGGAUUUGAAUCUUCACUUAUGGACUGUGAGAACGAUCUUUGGGGAGAAUAUUUGUGUAAAAGAUACGCUGGAGUUGUCUGUCGCUCCAAAAUUAGAUUGGUGAAGGGCGUUGAUUCUUGCUCCGGACGAGUGGAGGUUCUUCAGAAUGACACGUGGGGAACUGUGUGUGACGAUGAUGACUGGGAUCUGUCGGAUGCUGCGGUGGUGUGUAGAGAAGUGGGAUGUGAAGAUGCUGUUGAAGCAAAGAGGGGUGCUUAUUUCGGAGAAGGUUCAGGACCGAUAUGGAUGAACAAUGUUAACUGUGUUGGAGAUGAAUCAAUACUGAGCGCCUGUAGUGUGUCCAGUGUGUCUUCCUGUGACCACACAAUGGAUGUAGGAGUCAUCUGUCGACCCGUCGUCAGGUUGGUAAACGGUUUCGACUUUUGUUCUGGACGAGUGGAGGUUCUGCACAAGGGAAUAUGGGGAACGGUAUGUGACGACACUUGGGGAUUUUUAGACGGUCACGUGGUGUGUCGAGAGCUCGGCUGUGGGGAUUUUCAGCAAAUACCACGCAGUGAUUAUUUUGGAGAGACUUCGAAUCAAAUGUGGAUGGAUAAUGUCGAUUGUUUAGGGUCGGAGCCAUUACUAAGCACCUGUCAUUUUGAUGGAUGGGGUGACUAUUUCUGCAUUCUUUCUGUGACUGCUGGACUCAUCUGUGGCUGUGAGUUACAAACCUUUCCCUCUAUAACCUUAACACACGUGCAAUGAUAUGUUCUUCAAAUGCUUUUGUGGUCAUAAGACCCUGUUAUUUUGGUGAACGGCUUCGAGUCUUGUUCUGGACGAGUGGAGGUUUACCAUGAUGGUCAAUGGGGAACAGUGUGUGAUGAUGACUGGGAUUUGUCGGACGCUGCAGUGGUG